GCUAUCCCACUCGUGAUGCAGGUUCGAAUCCCACUAGCGCCCAUUGCUUUCUUUUUUGUUUUCUUUGGUAUAAAGCAGUGUAGUUUUUCCAUUGGGAUUUGUGGGUACAAAAUAUAAAAUUAACAAUCCAAACCCAAAAGUAAAAAGGCAAACGAAGCAGCUUUUUCCAUUGGGAUUUGGGGUACAAAAUAUAAAUUGUACCAACAAAGCCAAAUCUUUCUCUUUCUCUUUAUAUUAACGAUCCAAAGCCAGCUUUUUUUUUAAGUUCAUCUUUCUCUUUCACAACAAAGCCAAAUCAAAAAUAAAUUUUCAAAAAAGCUAGGGUUUUAACUUUUGCUUGAAGCCUGCAAAUCACCACUUCGUUUGCCCCCUUUCACUGGAGAACGCGAUGCCGACGGACCUCUGAUUGCUGACUGCCGACUGGUAUGGAUCUUUAAGCAAAAGUCAAGAUGAUCACGAAUUUCUUCAAGCCUCAAGCUCCUUCAAAUACUAUUCCUAGCUCUCCUUUGCCAAGUUCUUCGUCGCCUGUCAAUCUUUUCAAUGCAUCGGAUAAUGACAAAGUGUUGGCUGAUUUGGAUCUUAAAUCAGAUCCUGCUGAAAGAAAACAAAUGUCGAAAUUUUCUCCUAAUAUACGUGACCGAGUGAGGAGAUAUUACAUACUAAAGAAACCUUGCUAAUCUGAAGAAUUUGAAUUUCCAAGUAGAGAUAUUGGAGGAGAAUUGCGUCAUUUUAAUCCCGAUUGGUUUGACGAUCCAUAUUCUCAAUGGUUAGAAUAUAGUGUUAAAAAAGAUGCAGCAUUUUGCUUAUGUUGUUACUUGUUUAAAAAUGAGCUUGGAGGAUAUGGAAAAAAAGUAAGUGAUGCUUUCACAACGAAAGGUUUUCGAAGUUGGAAUAAAGGUAUAGAAAGGCUUAAAAAGCAUGUGGGUGAAGUGAAUAGUGUUCAUACUCGACGUUUCAUGAUGAUGCUAGAUUUGAUGAAUCAAGAACAAUCUAUUCUAACUUCAUUUGACAAGCCUUUCGAGAAAUUUAAAGGUGAUUAUCGGGUUCGCUUGAAUGCUUCGGUUGAUGUGAUAAGGUAUCUUUUAAAAGAAGGAAUGCCUUUCCGGGGUCACAAUGAGUGUGUAACUUCUACAAGAAGGGGUCAUUUUCUAGAUCUCUUAAAGUGGUAUGCCGAUAAGAAGGAAGAUGUAAAAAAUGUGUUACUAGAAAAAUCUCCAAAAAAUAACACCACGACUUCUCCCGAUAUCCAAAAAGACAUUGUGAAUUCUUGUGCAAAAGAAACAGUGAAUGCAAUUAUUGAAGACUUGAACGGAGAUUACUUUGGGAUAUUGGUUGAUGAGUCUAAGGAUGUUUCUCAUAAGGAACAAAUGGCUCUUGUCUUGAGAUAUGUAAACAAGGAGGGUAAAGUUAUUGAGCGUUUUCUUGGUCUUGUUCAUGUGAAAGAUACAUCUGCAAAGUCAUUGAAAGAAGUGAUCUAUUCUUUGCUUUUAGACCAUUCUUUGAGUCGAUCUCAAAUACGGGGACAAGGUUAUGAUGGAGCUAGUAACAUGCAAGGAGAAAUUAAUGGUCUUAAAACUCUGAUUCUGAAAGAUAAUUCUUCGGCAUAUUGCGUACAUUGCUUUGCUCAUCAAUUGCAAUUGACUCUUGUAGCCGUUGCAAAAAAAACAUCAUGAUGUGAAUAAUUUUUUUGACAUUCUUGCCAAUAUUUUAAAUAUCGUUGGAGGUUCUUUUAAGCGUAGGGAGAUGCUUCGAGAUGAUCAAGCUGAAAAAUUAGAGGAAUUACUAGUGCUCGGUGAAGUUCAUACGGGAAGUGGAUUAAAUCUAGAACUUGGACUUCAAAGGCCUAGUGAUACCCGUUAGGGAUCUCAUUUUAAGAUGGUACGUAACUUCAUUUCCUUAUUCUCAUCAAUUGUGCAUGUACUUGGAGUUCUUG